AUGUUCCUCCUGAGUGAGAAACAGCAGCAGCAACCGAUCGGUUUACAGAUCAGAGAUGAGGUGGACUUACUGUUUCUGUAUGUGUCAAUAUGUGAGAGUGGGCCGCUUCCUGACCCUGGGCCGGUAAUGUAUGGGGAGGUCCAGUCCCCUCAGUACCCCGGGCCUUACCCUCCCAACCUGCAGGAGCAGUGGGACCUCAGCGUACCAGAGGGCUUCCAGAUCCGGCUCACCUUCACACAUCUGGACAUUGAAGCUUCAGCAGGCUGCCAUUAUGACUCCCUCACAGUUCUCUACAAUGGAAAGGUCCUGGGGAAGUUUUGUGGGCAGGAGAAUUCUGCUGAUGGACAUCAUCCUGGCAAUCAGAACAUCUUGUCUCCAGGCAAUAGACUCACCCUCGUCCUCCAGACAGACGACGGCAACCCAGAGCGCCACCAAAACAUUGGCUUCUCUGCUCAGUACCAGGCCAUAGACAUAGAUGAGUGUUCAGCACCAGAACCUCGAAGUGGAUCAGGUCCACUCUGCUCUCAGAUCUGUCUCAACACCCUGGGUUCAUACCUCUGCUCUUGUUACCAUGGCUACGAGCUUCGCCAAGACCAACGCACCUGUGUUUUAUCUUGUGUUGGUGGUAUAUUUGAUGAGCCAGAGGGACAUCUAUCCAGUCCAGGAUAUCCAAACCCCCCACCUCAUGCCGUGGACUGUCAGUAUGUCAUCUCAGUAGAAUCCGGCUUCAUCAUUUCUCUCAACUUCACCGAAAACUUCCAAAUUGAGAGUCUGGACACUGAAGAGGGCCUGAGCUGUCCCUAUCACUGGUUGCAGGUGGCCAUCUCAGGUCGAGAGCCCAGGAAGCUGUGUGGUGAAAAGAGUCCAGGUUUAAUGGUUACAAACUCCAACAAGGUCACACUAGACUACCACAUCGACACUAAAGGACAGAGUAAUGGCUGGAGUCUGGACUACAGCACAGAGAGGGUGAAGUGUCCAUCUCCAGGUAGUGUCCCUCAAGGCAGAGUCACUCCUGUCUUAGCGGAAUAUUUCUACAGAGACUACGUCUUUGUGCGAUGUGACCAAGGAUACAAGCUCAUGAUGAAUGGUUAUGAGAUUGACAGUUUCUCCGCCAUGUGCCAAAGCAACGGACAGUGGCACCUCCCUCUGCCAGAAUGCCACAUAAUUGAUUGUGGAGAACCGGAGCCACUGCUGAAUGGAGGCCUGACCUUCCUGAGCGGUUUUCAGAACCAGUACCGUUCUGUUGUUCAGUAUCACUGCAAUGAACCAUUUUAUUCCACCCUCAGUGGUGACAAUGUUAGUUUAACCUGUGAUGCAGACAGAAAAUGGAGAGCCAUCAAUGAUGUUACGCUACUGCCAACAUGCAUACCAGUUUGUGGUCAGCCCACAAAUCUCCUGUCCUCCUAUCAGAGGAUCAUUGGAGGAAGUGAUGCUCCAGAAGGCGCCAUCCCCUGGCAAACGCUACUGACUGUGGAUGGCAACAGAGGAGGAGGCAUGGUGAUUGCAGACCGCUGGGUUAUGACAGCAGCUCAUGUCCUUGUGAAUAAUGGAGUGGAAGCAACAACCCAGACGCUACGAGUAGCAACAGGAAUCAUUGAGGUCGACUCCUCGAGGCUCUCUACAACAAGAGUUGCCUCAAUUCAUAUUCACCCUGGAUACAACAAGCUGGACAAGUUACAGUAUGACAAUGACAUUGCCCUGAUCAAACUGCAAGACCGCCUCACAUUCAAUUCAUCUGUAAUGCCAAUAUGUUUACCUCCAGAUGGUGCAACGUAUACCCCAAGUAUAGCGGGGCUGUCAUCAGGGUUUGGUAUCACCACAGACCGAGAGGGCAAACAGCUAAUAACAAACAGACUUCAGUAUGUGCGCCUCCCUGUGGUGACACAACAGAAUUGCAGGAAUUCAAUCAAUGCGCUAAAGAGAACAAAUAACCAAGUACCCAGUCUGACAGACAACAUGUUUUGUGCUGGAGUCCCUGAAGGUGGGAAGGACUCCUGCCAAGGUGACAGCGGAAGCGCCUUUGCCCUGAGGGAUGAUGGGAAGUUUUGGGCUGCUGGGAUUGUAAGCUGGGGUGUUGACUGUGGAGUGCCAGGGAGAUAUGGAGUGUACACAAAGGUCAUUAACUAUGUGGACUGGAUCCGCAACACCAUGCAGGAGAACUGAACCAAAUCUGCUAAAUUAGACUAAAACAGGAGAAAAGUACUCCAAAAUCUACAAUCUAUUCUAAAAAGUGUGUAACAACACCACCUGCCUGUUCAAUGAAUGUCAUAAUGCCUGUUGUAUAAAUGAAUAAAAGCCUAUGACAGCACAGCAUAUUGAGUUUAAAUAUAUAUUUCACCUACAUAAUAAUCGUAACUAAGGACAUCAUUGUAAUGGAAGGUUCCCAGUUAGUCCCUUCAUCACUCAAGGCCUUCAUUCCCAGAAAGAGAUUUACACAGGUGCCUUAAAUAUGUCCAGGAUUUAGU